AUGCGCGUUUUCCCGAGUCUCCUUGUCUGCCUCUUGGGGGUCUUUGCAAAUACCCCUUUAGCCUCAGCAGCAUGCACGACGCGCCCGUACUCUGCAUGGAUGGCAGACAGUGUCAUUGAGCGCGGCCAGGCUAUUGUCCCUCCCGGCACUGAGGCGUCCUCGUCCAUUUACCUUCAAAUCGGAUUCUUUCAGACAGCCAUCCUACGGCUGUCAGAAUACUACCGCACUCCGGAGUCUGUAUGCUCUCCAAGCGACUGGCAGGAGUAUCUGAGAGCCAGCACGGACAGUGUGGUACCAUUUCUCCUGAAUGCUACACAGGACACCCAAAUUCCAUUGGAUAGGUUUUCGACUGGAAAGGGUUUGCUACAUCAAUACGAGGAAUUCCACAACACCACAUUGAAGGUAACUCUAGAUACGUUACGAGAAUCCAUCAAUCUUCAACCCCAAAAUGUUUUUGGUGGGUACUGGUACUUUGUCUACCCGCAAUGGAGCUACCUGGAUGGAAUGUACUCUGUCGUACCGUUUCUGUCCUACUACACCACCGCUCUAGCUGCUGAAAAUAGCUCGGCCGUCGCCAACGACAUCAUAAAGCAGCUAGACCUCCUUUGGACUCAUUGCCGGCAGAACAGCACCGGACUCCUCGUGCACGGGUACGACGCCUCUAAAAUGGCCGUCUGGGCGAACCCCGUAACUGGGGGCAGUCCUUACGUUUGGAGUCGGUCGUUGGGCUGGUACUUGAUGGCUCUCCUGGAUACCUUAGAGCUAGAAACUCCAAAUUUCCCGUUGAAGCUGCAAACCUAUCUUCAGCAGCGGUUGGUCCAGCUGAGCGAUGCUGUUAUCCAAGCGGCGGAUGCUAAGACCGGGUGCUGGUGGCAGGUCAUGACCCUGCCUGGCCGCCCAGGAAAUUAUAUUGAAUCAAGUGGGUCGGCCAUGUUUACCUAUGCUCUGUACAAGGCCGCAAGGCUUGGAUAUCUCCCGAGCCGAUUAGCUGCAGAGUCCAUCGAUACAGCGAGUAAGUGCUACAGGCAUAUCGUGGAUACGUUUGUUGUGCAGAACAGCAAUGGGACCUUGGACUACAACGGAACGGUGGCGGUCUGUAGCUUGAAUUCGACGGCUUCGUAUGAGUACUACACUUCGCAGCCCUUGCUGUACAACAGCGUUCAUGGCACUGCGUCAUUUAUUCUCGCGAGUCUGGAGCACGAAAUGGUAAGCCAGAGUCGUUCCUAG